AUGAUGGACUCUGUUGCACUUUACUGUAAAGACUGGACCUCCUGGCAGGGGCUCAUGCUCACAGUUUCCCUUUUAGCCUGCUGGAUGCUUCCGGCUACUGCCCAGUUCACCAUUGAAUCAGUGCCUCCCAUUGCUGUUGAGGGGGAAAAUGUUCUUGUCCUUGUGCAAAACCUGCCAGAGAAAGUUCAAGCCCUUUCCUGGUAUGCAGGAGGCAAACCUCUCCAGAGAUUUGAAAUCGCAAGACAUGUGAUAGCAACAAAUUCUACCGUGGUGGGGCCUGCGCACAGUGGUAGAGAGACAGUACUCCCCAAUGGAUCUCUGCUGAUCAAGAGUGUCACCAGAAAAGACUCGGGAUACUACACUCUACAAAUGCUUGAUACAACCUCAAGACGUGAAAUAAUGCGUGCGGAAUUCUUUGUACAGAGCCCGAAUUUAGGCUACAAGAAACAUCGUACCCCUUCUCAACUCACAAUUGAGUUGGUGCCACCUAGGGUUGAUGAAAAAAGCAGUAUGAUUGUGCUGGUUUAUAAUCUGCCAGAGAAGCUGCAAGGCUUUGUUUGGCACAGAGGAGUACUUCCACUUGACCGCUUUAAGAUAGCAAGCCAUUCAUUCCUCACCAACUCAACCAUGCUUGAGAGUUCAUAUAAUGACAGGCUGACAGUGUGCGAAGAUGCAUCCCUGCUGCUUUCGAAUGUCACACACAAAGACACAGGGCUUUACACCCUACGAACCAUACCUGUGGAUUUGAAAUCAGAAUGUGCCAUUUUCAACCUGCAAGUACACAAACCUCGAAGACGGGCUUCAGACAGUCAAAGACCAACAAGACACCAACGCUUGUCGAAGAAACAAAGAGAGAAGUUGGACAUGUGUUUUUCUUCUUCAGAUACAGUCUAUUACAAUUAA